CGGUGCCGGUGACGAAGAUUGGGUUGCGAAUGCGAUGGAUUUUUUUUUGUUUUCUGAGCCAUGAUUUAGUCUCAUGGUUUUUUUUUUAUUGAAUCUAUACGGUAAUGUUUUACCCUCUGUUUGAUUUUUAAAAAAAUACUCCCAAAAGGCAAUGUGACAUCGAUCAUCGACUGUAAAUUGACGUCGGUACGGUAGUUUGUGCACGAGGGCCCAGCUGGGCUGUUGCAGUGCAUCAUGGGAACGGGGAGUUCGUUUCCAAAUGACGAGGAUGCUGACAUAUCGGACAGCAAUCCUGGUGUCAUCAAGCGCAUCCCCAUCGAGUUGAAACCCCGGAAGACCCUUGGAGGGACCUUGCGUUCCGUGGGCUCAUUCGGCAGACGACAGAAAGGAGUGAGCCUGAGGUCGGCCCUGUCUGUGGACAUGGACAGUUCAGAGGUGGAUAAAGUCCGGCGGGACUUUGAGAUGUACAAGAUUGGCAAACAGAACGAGAUGAGCGAUUUGAUCAAGAAAGAGAAGAAGCUGGAAAGUGAAAACAAACGGCUUCGGGCUGAGCUCCAGGCGAUGCAGAAAACGUGCAAUAAGCUUCGGCAAGAGCGAGACAUGGCUUUGGAUGCGGAGUAUCAGGCAUUGGAGAGGGCAGCAACCUUUGAGCAGGACAGGAAUAAAGUGCAACGCCAAUUUAAGAUUUUCCGCGAGACCAAAGAGAGUGAAAUCCGGGAUCAUAUGAAGGCAAGGAGCAUCCUUGAAGCGACACUGCAUAGGAAUGUUCCACCCAUGGCUGCAAUGAAUGGAGAAAAUGGCGUCGUUAAUUCACUUGAUACAGGCAAUUCCUACCCAGGUGAUUGGUGGACAGCCUUGGAGAGUGAGCCCUCGCUUGGCAGCAUGUCACAACUCCAGAUGUUACCAAGGGGUCAUGAGGUCUACCCUAAUCUGACAGAUAUUGACAGUGCCUUCACAAAUCUUAACAGAGGAGAGGAGAGCCCCAUCUCUGUGGUUGCAUGGAAUCAAGUUAUGCUUAGCCUACCACAGAGUUCACUGUUCAAUGUCUUACGUGUCUAUCUCUCUGCCCCUGAAAGCAUGCAGGCUGAAGUGGAGAUCAUGCACAAGGAAUUUGAACCCAAACUGAGAGAGCUGUGUGAGUUAGAGGGGCGUUUCUUCCUGAUGGUCCACCUGCCUUUCUCUGAACAAAGAAUGAAAGAAUGUUCAGAUGAUGAGCUGUUGAAGGCACAUAGCAUGCACAAGCGGCUGGUUAAUGACUGCGGUAUCUUUCUGGCUUUUCUAGGAGAACAAACAAAUCUGUUUACGUGUGAUGAGUAUGAGAUAGGUCAUCUGAACAACCCCGGAGCAAGAUCAGCUGUCUUCUGCUUCAGCAAUCCAGCAUUCAGAGGAUGCAAACUGAGUCAAGGGGAGGCCAAAGAACUGAAAGGCCUUGUCAAUAAGACGGGAUGUGCAAAGAUCAUCAGCAAUUACAAUGAGCCCCAAGAUGGUGCGGAGCAAGCAUUUUCAGAGCUCAAGAAAAUCCUCCAAUUGGAACUAGGAAUUGAUACGUGUGUUGAUCCCAAGCGUAAGUACGCUCAGACUGAGCUGGACUCUACCUAUGAGGAUCUGUGUGCUGGAUGCCAAUGGGACAUGCAUAGUGACGGGGAACAGCGCGAGUUCCUCAACACUGCAUCUAUAUCAUCAUGUGAACUAGGAUUUGAAAAGCACUAUGAGAGACUGAAUGAGCAUGUAGCCGCAGCCGGUCCCCUCCCACCGUUCCUUGUCAGUGGUAUCCCAGGCUCAGGCAAGUCACUGCUCCUAGCCAAAUGGAUAUCCCUCUAUCAGAAGAGAAGCCCCGGUAGUCUGGUGGUCUAUCACUUCGUUGGGAGUCCCGUCUCCUGCAGUGCUGAUGCAAUCAGCAUGAUCAGGAGAAUAACAGCGCAGUUGAUGCAGUACGUGACGUCACCCCCAUCCCUGACCUGUGAGCCUAACAGACUCCGUGAUGAGUUCCCUAAAUGGCUGGAGCGGGUUUCGUCUCGCCUUCCUGGUGGCAUCAUUCUGGUCAUUGAUUCCUUGGACAGAAUACAGAAUGCGGAGAACCACCUACAAUGGUUACUGGACCCUCUACCUGUUGAUAUCCGGGUCAUAGUGACUGCCAAUCCUGACAACUGUCUUCCUGCCUGGAGAUCCUGGCCCACGCUUCAUCUGGAAGCCCUCAGCCCACGCCAUGCCAAGGAACUCCUCCACUGCCUGAACCAAGAGAGGAAUUUCCCCCUGACCAGCGAGCAAGAAGCCCGUGUGGUCUCCGGUUGUCGCACCCCUGCCUCUCGCCUCCCACUGUACCUCACCGUGCUCAUCGACGAACUGGCGCAAACGGCCAGUGGCACGGUGGCAGAUGCCAAACUGGAUGCAUGCUUGCAGCAUGGUGAUACUGUAGAGAUGUACAGGUAUAUAUUGGAGUCGCUCGAGGAGCAGUAUGAGGGCAGCACAGGCAGUGGAUUGAUCAAGCGAAUAUGUCAGUUGGUGUACAUUUCUCGCAAUGGCGUUUCAGAGUCGGAACUGUUCCACUUGACCCCUGACCUGACCUGGGUCACAUGGGCUCCUUUGUGUUAUGACCUGUUGGAUCGUCAUGUGUUCACAUACAGGGCUGGCUCAUUGACAUUUGCAUAUGAACAGGUUCAGGAAGCAGUCCAAGUAAACCACUGUAUGGGCGUGCAUGAACAGGAUCUGACUGCCGCUACACAACAGUUCAUCAACUAUUACACCAAACUUCUUCAGCCAGGCACUGUGACAGCUCGCGUGGCAGACGAGCUCCCUUUCCUGGUCAAGUCCACAGGUGACAGCCAGCAACUGCAUGAAUGCCUGUCGAACCUCUGCGUCUUUCGCUUGCUGUACACCAGAGGGCGCUGUUCAGAGUUGCUGGACUUCUGGAAAUUGGUGGGUCUGGACACACAGGCCAUCGCUACUGUCUACUUUGACACUGUCAAGAAAGUGGCAGAAGUGUAUGCUGGAGUUCUCUCUCUACCAACGAUAGCCUUUCUUCAUGAGAUGUUGGGCCGAUUUCUGAAAGACAUGGGCCUUCUUAUUCAGGCCGUGCGUCCAUUGCAGCGGGCGCUAGAGAUCCGCGAGUCCAUCGACCCCGACCAUCCCAGUGUGGCCCAGUCCUUCCAUCUGCUUGGCGGUCUGCACAGUCAGUGGGGCAAAUACGCGACGGCCGAGGCUUACUACAAACAGGCCCUGGAGAUCAGCGAGAAUGCCUUCGACGGGGACCAUCCCAAUGUGCUGAAAAUGCUGGAAUCGCUGGUGGUGCUGUACAAGAAGCAGAACAAACAUGAACAGGCUGGACCCUUGCAGAAAAGAGUCACCUCUAUACUCAAGCGCACACAGCCACCGCACGUCCCGCCCCAUCAGAAGAGCGCCCUCAACGCCCUGAAGAAGCGCAGCCUUCAGCUGCAGGAGAUGGCAACGGGGCCUGAUUCGCUUGAGCUGGCCAAGACGUUGAAUGAACUUGGGGUGUUGUAUUAUCUUCAAAACAAUAUCAGUACUGCAGAGCAAAGCUUUCAGCGAUCCCUGUCUAUGCGUGAGGAGCUACUUGGAGAACAGCACCUAGACGUUGCCCAGUCUUUGAACAAUCUAGCAGCACUCUACAAUGAUUCAAACGAUCUGAAUAAGGCCGGUGUUCUGUAUGAGCGAGUCUUGAGCAUUCGCAAAUCCCUCUUGCCAGCAGACCAUCCCACAGUGGUGUCAUCAAUACGGAAUUUGGGAAUGCUAUAUCGAAAACAGGGCAAGUACACUGAUGCUGAGCCUUUGUACAUCCAAGCUGUGGAAACCAAGGAGAGAUGCCUGGGUGGGAACCACUCCAGCGUGGCUACAGCACUGGUCAACCUGGCUGUGCUCUACUGUCAACAGAGCAAGCACACCGAAGCCCUGCCACUGUAUGAGCGAGCGCUGCGUAUCUACGAGGAGAACCUAGGCCCCCACCAUGCCAGGGUAGCUGAGACACUGCGCAACCUGGCCGUCCUGCGCUACGAGCAGAGGGACUUCCAGAAUGCUGCGAUCCUCUACAAACGUGCCAUGGAUAUCAAGGAGAUGGAGACGGCGUUCGCCAAGAAGCCGUUCUCGCGACGGUCGUCCAGCGGAGGUUCCUCUGCCGUGAGGCCAAUCAUCCCGAUGAGUCCGCAACUUCUGUUCAAUGACAGCAGGUAGCGAAGCAUUUGGUGUGCAGUGAAGAGCUGUGGACUGCACUGUACGGCAGAUGUUGGACUCCAUGCAGGAAGAGUACAGGGUUCCGAUAGUCCUGGAAAAAUCCGGGCAUUUAAAGGCGUCAUGGUCAGUCAUGGAAAAGUCAUGGAAUCCUGCACAAGCCACACAUGAUGAUGCAUAAAUAUUUGGCUAUGGCAGUCUUCCAGUUUGCCUUCCAGUUUACUACACUUCCUCUUUAUGCAUGUAUGCUCUAGACUUGUUGAUUGUUAAAUAUACCAUUACGAUGCUUUUGUGGUGCUCAUCUGUGGUGUUGUGCCAAACUGGAAGGCUGAUAGGGAGUGGUGUCCCUUGCCUCCAUUGCAAUAGACUCGUAAGGGCCUGUCUCAAUUCAUGUACAGGAUGAGUUCCAGACAUUGUAUCGGGUAUAAUAGUUGCAGGAUUCUGAAUAACUUCCCCACAAUGAAGUUGUCAGUAUUGGUGAGUCAAGCAUUUGCUUAUGAAAAUGUCCUUGUAACAUGUCUGGGACAAAUGCAGAGCUUAUUCCGGACAAAGAGAAUGAUUCUACCCGCAACUUGUCCGGAUCCUGGAUAUGAAUUCAGAUGGGCUCUAAGAUGCCGAAACAGGAACUCGUCAUGGGAAGCCAAAUAUCUGUCCUGGAAAAGUCAUGGAAUUUCAUUUCAAGAUUUCCGUGGGAAUCCCAACAGUAGAUGGUGCCGUGUCGUAUACCCAGCUCUAGUAGUGCGUAGGACAUACAUGUACCAUGUGCAUGCGUCCAUUCACACCUCAUUUGAAUGUGCACAAGCUUGCACCGCCUUUGUGUGCCAGACUUUAUGCAGCAAAGGUAUUCAAAUGUCUGUCAUUUCCGUCUUUUGGGAAAAAUUGGCUUGAAGUGCAUUAUCCUUUUUCAAAUUGUUUUAAAGAGUAUGUUAAAAUAGUGCUCAAGCCCUGAACUUUUUCUCUUUGGGCUUCAAGCAAAUCAUACCGGUAGCUUGAUAAGUACAGACAACUCGGUGCCUUCUUCACUGUGUGCCCAAUCUUAGUUGGUUUCAUCUUUAUGGGAAAUUGCGACCAGGGCCUAAUUAAUGCUACGGCUUUGUGUAUGUUAGCUCUGUCUUGUGGAUGGGAAAACAAUCUUUCAUUUUACACAAAAAAAAAUAUAUCAAACUGUGCCUCCAGUUUAUGUCAAUUCUUCAUGCCCUAUUUGUUGCUUUCUGAAAACUUUGGUCAUAAACACAGAAAGUAUCAUAAUGGUUAGAAUGUCUGGAGACCGUUUAGAUGUUCAAAUCAUGUCAACACUUAAGAAGUAAUGACAAUGCAAGUUUAAAUACACAUCUGUUAUGACAAUUGGCCCAGUGAUGGUAUUCAUUAAAGUAAGUUAUUCCGUCCAGAAAAUGUCAGAUUAGUUUGGCUUUGGGGGUUGAGGGUUGGAGGAGGGAGGAAUUGGGGCAACAGGGAGAGAAUGUCAUGAAGAAACAGUAUUUUCACACACACACACAAUCCGAUAUUGAAACAAGUUUGAAUACAGCAAAUGCAAUAUCUCAUUGUUCUGCUGUUUGUAGGCAUUAGUGUGAAUGAAAUUUUUUAUGAGUAACUAAGUGAGAACAUCCCUACUUGACCAAGUGGGCUGGCAUUUACAAGCAUUUUAAGCAUUACUCUUUUUCACAUUUUCAGUCCAUGUUGUGUUUGUUGCAUAGUUGGGCCUCUGUGUAUAGUACGCCUUUGCUAAGACACAAAACAGAUUAGUGCAACCAGAGUUGUAAUGGAGUCGGUCACAAGUCACCACAAGUCCUCCAGUCCCCAGUCAACCCACAAGCUAUUUAACUCUUUCAGUGCCAAAGUCACACAUGUACGAGGUAUAUUUGUUAGUUCGAAG